AUGUCGAAGAGAUGCACAGGUCGUCCAUUACAAGUGACUGGAUCAUCAAGUGUAAUCCUAACAGCAGUUGCCUUACAAGACCAUUGGUCCCGAUCACUUUCACUGGGUCCAGUCUUCGGCCCAAAAAAGGUUGGUCUGGGUCCAGCUGCCAGGGCCAAGCAACAUCGGGAAGUGAAAUCUUUAAUCGACACUGGCAGACACAAAGACAAAUCUCAGAAUAAGAAGCAGGAGGAAGAGGAGUAUGUUCUGGACCCAAAACCACCACCAAUGACUUUGGCACAAAAGUAUGGCUUAGUCUAUGCACCACAGCCGUUAUUGUCGGAGCAAGAUUGGGCACAUGUCAAGGCCAGGUCAAACCAGCGAGAUGAUUCUAAGGAGCCUUGUGUGAUCUGCAAAGAAGACUUUGGUGUCCAUGAGCAGGUUCUGUUGUCCUGCACACAUGUGUUCCAUAGGGCAUGUCUGCAGUCUUUAGAAAGAUUCACUGGCAGAAAAACCUGCCCAAUGUGUCGGCACCAAGAGUAUCAGACAAGGGUCAUUCACGAAGGGGCACAUGUUUAUAAACACAAGUGUGCAACCAGGAUUCAGUCGUUGUGGAGGGGUUAUGUUGUGAGAUGCUGGUACAGACAACUAAGGGAGACUGUUGCACCUAAAGAUCCUAAGUUGAGAAAGAAGUUUUAUGAGGAAAAGUUGUCAGCCAUUGUUGAUCGAAUGGUGAAAUCCCUUGAUGUGAACAUAACAGAAUUUAUACAAGAAAUCGACAGCAGUGUCCAGCGAAGCCGAGAGAUAUUCAAUCAGUGGGAUGCUGUACAUACAAGUAUUUCAAUAGAUCAGUGGUAUUCUAUUCAGCUCAAGGCUGUUGAAAGAGGGGAAACAGAAUGUCCUAUCUGCCUUACUGAGCUCUGGUUGCCGACUAGCUGCUGCAAUGGCAAACUAGCAACUCCAGAUUUGCCUACUUGCAUAAAAAGAACUCAAAACCCUUCUCAAAGGAAACCAGACAAUUGUAAACCAACUGAACAAUUAACCAAUCAAACAACGGGUCACUGUACCAUUUCACCUCAAAAGGGAAUAAAUCCUGGCUUUGAGGAUCAGCAAAUGCGAGUAACUGAUGGGACAAUUUGUAAUAGUAGUAAUUCUGCAACAUCGAAGUCAGAUGACAAGGAGCAGAAGACAUGUCUUCGAAGUACCGUGUUACUGUCAUGCACUCAUGUUUUCCACAGUACGUGUCUUGCGACUUUAGAGGAUAUAGCCAUGCAGGACAUAAAGAACACAUGUCCAGUUUGCCGAGCACAUUACCAGAAAAAAGUCCUUGAUUUUUAG